AUUAACACAGUAGAGAGAGGAGGAGGUGAAGUAGAGAGAGACAGAGGAAGACAACAAUGAGAGAGAGAGAUCGUUAGGGUUAAUAUUUCCCGAAUUUUGAUUUUGUUGUAUCACCGAUAAUUCCUCUCUCCGGUGAUGCAAUUUCGUUCCUUGUCUUCUUCUUCGUCGGUGAAGUAGCCAAUUCUAAUUUCGGUUUUUGAUUUCCCGAUUAAUUGUUUUGGUUUUCGCCGGCGAUAUGGUAGUGAGAGAUUAUAUUGCAGUUUGAUCAUUCGUGAUCGCGGAUAUUGCAGAAUUCGCCCUCAAGGCAGCAGCCACUUCUGCGAAUUCCCUUCUUUCGCUUCCACUUCUCUUUCCACAAAAUCAAUGGCUGUAUCCUUAACCCGGUUUUCAUGGUGGUUAUGGGGUAGCAAAGAGAAAGAGGCAGUCUCCAAUGGUUCUUCUUUAAGUAACUCUUCUGAGUGGGGUUCUGGAGUGAGAGAGACUGAUUCUGUUAAGUUCCCUACAAAAUUAACCUCAUCAAGGAAGGUUAAGAAGAGAUGGCAGAGUAGGGAAGAAAGGAGAGUAGAGACGGAACGUGAUGUGGUUUUCUUGUCCGGGUCUGAAUCUGACGGUCCUGACUGGUCUAUUGGAUGGGUGGAGCCUCAUGGAUCAGAUUUUCGAAGUGAUGAUGAGUCUGAUGAUGGUUUUGCAGUGCUGGUGCCUUGUUAUAGACCGGGUUGUAAAGAACUUGUUGAGACGUCUAGUGACCAGCUUUUGAGUGCCAUCAAGAACCUCCCAAAUGAAUUGUCUUCUGAGGGAAGGAACUAUAUGGAAUGGCUCUCUUCUCUUCAGAAUUUUUGAAGCAUGAAACAAGCCCAAUUUGAUUGAUUGGUGUGAAUUGUUUCAUUUUCUUUACUGCAACUUCUACUAUCAAACAAAGGAGGAGAUAUAGAAAACAGAGUCUGUGGUGUUAGGAUCUGCAUCAACUUCUGUAGGAGAUGUUUGGAGGACUAACAUCCGUCAAGGGUGGCGGACAGUGGAUUAAUGAGAAGCAGCUAUAUAGUAGAAAUGAAUUUAGAAAGAGAUUUUCCCUCCCAUGGCAUAUCUUGUUACUCAUCUCUAUAUGAUGGAGAUAUGAUUUUGUAAAUACUGCUAGUUGUUAAUAUGUUGAAAUUAAUGUCUAUGCUUCUAAGCAUAAGACUACUGUACAUAGAUUUUCAUCCAUUCCCUAUUAAAAUUUUAGGCCAUCCUCUAUUCCUCUUAA